AUGACAAGUCACCAGUACUUGAAACUUGAAAACAGAAUUCAUUGGGAAUUGUCAACGGAUCCUGCGGCAAUUAUUGAAGUUAUAAACUGGAUAGCUCCUCCCGGUUGUAGAUACUGGAAGUACCAUAGAAAGUUUAAUGAAUUCUUGAGUACUCUGGAAAGGGAGAGACAGGAUCUUAGUAACCGCAUGGAAACUAUACAACAAAGAUUGAAUGGGGAGCUUCGUUAUCAUAAAGUAACAAACAAAGAAGUGGAAAGUUGGUUGAGAAAAAUUGAAGAUAAAUUCAGAAAAGGCAACUAUUUUUUGCGUGGUUGGCGAGGAAAACAUGUUGAUGAAAAGAUUCAAGAAGUGAAAAGAGUUUAUGAUCAAGGUGUUUUUCCUGCUGGUUUGGUAAUUGAUGCUCCUGAUGACAUUGGAUUGCCAUUACCAACAUUAGAAAUGGUAGGUGAAGAUAGUGUAAAAGAAUUUUUUUUGAAACACUUGAUGGGUGAUAAGGUACGCAAGAUAGGUGUUUGUGGGAUGGUAGGGGUUGGUAAAACAACCAUCACGAAGCACAUUCAUAAUCAGCUCUUGAAAGAAAGAAAUAAGUUUGGUAAAGUAAUUUGGGCAACCGUAUCCAAGGAGUAUGUUAUUGUUAAAUUGCAACAAGACAUUGCAACUGCACUGGGGGAAGAUUUGUCGAAACAUAAUGAUAUAACAAUGAGGGCUGCAGUGUUACAAGAGAUGUUGAAAGGAAAAAAGAAAUACAUGCUAAUUUUAGAUGAUGUGUGGAAGCCAAUAUCUCUAGAGCAAGUUGGAAUCCCCGAACCAACUCUAAUGGAUGGAAUAAGAGAGAUGCCUGAUGGAAUAUUACCAAAACUUCUCCGUCUUCAAUACUUGAGGUUAGAUAAUGCAGUUGCAGAAGCAGAAGAAGUUUCAAGAUUGAGCAAGUUAGAAUGCUUGGGUAUUCGUUUCAGAAAUCUGCAAGAAUUGAAGAAGGGGAAAAGUGGUAGGAAUUGGUGGACUGACAAACUGGAAUCUUCUCUUCUUAAAAAAGUUUCGAUAGAUGGUUGUCCAAAAUUGAAGAGACUGUUCCCACCUAAGUUGCUGCGAAACCUACAAAACUUAGAAGAAAUUGAAGUUUCGUGGUGCUCAGGACUUGUGGAAAUAGUAGAAGCAUCAAGUGAUGAAGAAGAAGAAGAUAAGGAAGCAAGUAAGAAUUCUUUCAAACCCUCUCUUCCAAAUUUAAGAUCUAUCACUUUGUGUGAUCUACCGGACUUAAGGAGCUUCUGUAAGAGUUGUUACGCAAUCCAUUGUGAUUCCCUUAGAAGCAUUUGUAUAGUCCGAUGUCCUAAGCUGAAGACGAUCUCUCCCUUAUUUCCGCAACCUGACAAUGGGCAGCCAUUUCCUCCCGCCUCCCUUGAAAAUCUCACAGUUUAUCCAAUAGAAUGCUGGAAUUCACUGGAAUGGGACCAUCCCAACACGAAGAAUGUCCUUGAACGCUUCCCCCAAUCAACUGCAAUUGUAAAUUUCCUCUAUGUGCCUUCUUUGGCAAAACUUGGGGCUCUGAAGAAGUUGGAUCUUGGUCAGACGAGUAUUACAGCCAUUCCUGACGGACUAGAGAUGUUGGUACAUCUCAGAUAUCUUGAUCUUUAUGCAAACGGUAUAAAAGAGAUGCCUGGUGGAAUAUUACCAAAACUCUUCCGUCUUCAAUACUUGAGGUUAGAUAAUGCAGUUGCAGAAGUAGAAGAAGUUUCAAGAUUGAGCAAGUUGGAAUGCUUGGGUAUUCGUUUCAGAAAUCUGCAAGAAUACCACAUCUACUUUUCUCUAAAACAACAAAGAUGCCUCAAUUACUAUUCUUUUAAUUCUGUAGGAAUGGGAGAUUAUAUUCUAGAAGGAAGAAGGGAAAAAGCGGUAGGAAUUCGUGGAUUGACAAACUUUGGAGACUCCAUUAAGAUACCGACGGACAUUAAGAAGCUAGUCAUUCAACGCUGUGAUGAUUUGAGAAGGGUAAGCGAUAUUUCUUCUUUAAAAGAUGCAACUGACUGGAGGACCUGCUGGAUUCAUUCGUGCAAACAGAUAGAGUGCUUCUAUUAUUUGUCCUCUUACAGAACUGCUCUUCAGACCCUUCAGUAUCUAGCCCUUCAUAAAUUGGAUAAUUUAAUUUCAAUUCUUGGAGAAGAAAUAGACGGAGCUAGAUCCGCAUUACCAACACCAAUAACACCUGGAAUCUUCUUUUGUCUUAAAAAAGUUUCGAUAGAGGGUUGUCCAAAAUUGAAGAGACUGUUCCCGCCUAAGUUGCUGCGAAACCUACAAAACUUGGAAGAUAUUCAUGUUACGCAGUGCUUAGGACUUGUGGAAAUAGUAAUAGCAUCAAGUGAUGAAGAAGAAGGUAAGGAAGCAAGUAAGAAUUCUAUCAAACUCUCUCUUCCAAAUUUAAGAUCUAUCUUUUUGCAAUAUCUACCGGAAUUAAGGAGCUUCUGUAAGAGUUGUUACGCAAUCCAUUGUGAUUCCCUUAGAAGCAUUUAUAUAGAGGGAUGUCCAAAGCUGAAGACGAUCUCUCCCUUAUUUCCGCAACCUGACAAUGGACAGCCAUUUCGACCCGCUUCCCUCGAAAGGCUCAUAGUUGGUCCAAAAGAACGCUGGAAUUCACUGGAAUGGGACCAUCCCAACACGAAGAAUGUCCUUGAACCCUUCCUUUGGAAGUAAAGUUAAAAUAAGUUGAUUACGAGGUAUUUGUAAUUUACUGAGAGAAUGUGGCAGUUAC